CUUCUCGUAGAAUGGCAAAAGGUGGAAAGAACUACAACCCCGCAGACGCGUACCGAAAAGCCCAGCGAAAGAAAGAAGUAGCCAAAAACAAGGAGUCCCGAAAACAGGCAAAGGAGCUCGCUACGGUCAAGAAGGAUACGUCGGAGUACGAGGCUGAGAUCCUUAGGCUUUCUGAACAAGAGAAGACCACCCCCCUCUCCUUAGCGCAAAAAUCCCGUCUUCAAGACCUACAAUCCGAAGUGUCCCGGAUAAACCACGCGAAAGAAGUGUUCCUCCAAGCCCACCCAGAGCAGCGCAGGCUCGUGCACGCCUCCAGACCGAGGCAGGCGAACCCGCAUGGGGAAGUGAGGGAAGAUAGGAGUCUGUUUGGGAAGAAUGGACUGCCGCUGAGGCCUGAGAGGAGCGUGUAUUAUCAUCCUGUUAUGAACCAGUGGGGGAUGCCACCGCCAGGCAUGCCAUAUGUUGAACGCGACCCGACCCCAGAAGCAGACGACAUGCAGCAAGACUCCGAUUCCUCCUUCGACGCCGCCUCCCCCUCUGCAGAAGGUCUCGAUCUCGAGAAGCUCGAAUCUAUCCCCCUCCCCCCAGGGCCCGCACCACGCAAGUUCAUAGGCCUCCCGCCUUUGCCAAAAGGUCCACCGCCGAUGCCUCCCCCCCUCCCGCCUGGGAUGGGGAUGCAUGCUCCGCCUAUGCCUGUGCCUAUGCAUGGGUUUGGGUUUGGGCCUAUGGCGGUGCCUGGACCUGCAGGGGCGCAGAUGCCGAUGCCGCAGGGGUAUCUUCCCCAAGGAGUGACCUCCGCAGCUCCGGUAACGUAUUCCCAUGCCCUGCCCCAACCUCAACCCCCCCACCCGCACCCGCACCCCCAGUCUCUCCCGCUUCCCCCCGCUUCCCUCCCCCCGAAACCUGCAGAAACGCGCCCAGAGCCCCUGCCUGCUGGCCCUGGAGGAAGCGCAGGGGCGACCAUCUCCGCCCCUGCGGAACUGAGGGACUUGAAGAGGGAGGCGACGGCGUUCGUUCCGAUGGCGGUGAGGAAGGCGGGGGCUGUGGGGAAGUAG